AUGGGAGGAGACACGAUAGAAAAGAAGGACUGCGAGCAUAUCAGUGAGAAUCUGAGCUCGCCAGCAGACUCGGAUAAAUGCUUUGAGAGCGAGACGCAGUAUCACGAUCCGUCGCUGCCUCCUGUCGAUGGCGGUCUUCAUGCCUGGUUGUUCUUGACGGCGUGUUUUAUGCUUGAGGCUAUUACCUGGGGGUUCUCUUUUUCUUAUGGUGUCUUCCAGGAUUACUAUCGAAAUCAUGAACCCUUCAAAUACUCCCAGAAUAUCGCCGUAAUAGGCACGUGUGCAAUGGGCCUCGCAUACCUCCUCAGUCCGAUCGUCAUUGCGUUCAUGAUCGCUUUUCCUCGAACUCAACGCUGGGUUUCAACAGCUGGUCUGCUCUUACUAUCUGUAUCGCUGGCGUUGGGUUCUUUCUCCUCGAAUAUCACGCAUUUAAUCCUUUCCCAGGGGGUGGCGUACGGUAUUGGCGGCUGUCUAGCAUACACCCCGUCCAUCAUCUUCAUGCAUGAAUGGUUCGACAAAAAGAAGGGAUUCGCAUAUGGAGUUGUCUGGGGCGGAUCCGGCAUGACAGGCGUCAUCUUCCCCAUCAUCCUCCAAGCCCUCCUCAACAGCUACGGCUGGCAAACCACCCUGCGCAUCUCCUCCGUCGCCCUCUUCCUCAUGGGCUGUCCAUUCCUCUUCUUCCACCGACCGCGUCUCCCCCGCCCUCAAUCCUCCACUCUCAAACAGCUCAAUCUCACCUUCUUCUGGGACCCCGUCUACAUCGUCUACCAACUAGGCAAUAUCAUCGAAGCGCUAGGUUUCUUCCUGCCUAACAUCUUCCUCCCCUCUCACGCGCGGUCCCUAGGCGCGAGUAACCUCCUCGCCUCACUGACAGUAGUCCUGUUCAACCUGACAAGCGUGUUCGGCUGCGCAAGUAUGGGCUAUCUAUCCGAUCGAUACCACAUCGCGAACUGCAUUCUCAUUUCCAACGUCGGGGCCGUCGUAUCCGUCUUCCUUAUCUGGGGCUUAUCCAACGGCAUCGCACCAUUAUACAUCUUCGCCAUCAUCUACGGCCUCUUCGCCGGCGGCUUCUCAGCCACCUGGUCCGGCAUCUCCCACGAAGUCAAAAAGAGCAAACCCUCCGCGGACCUAAGCAUGGUGUUUGGCCUCCUCGAGACAGGGCGCGGAAUAGGCAAUGUCCUCAGCGGACCGCUUAGCGAGGCGCUACUCCGCGGCAAGGUCUGGGAGGGCCAAGCCUGGGGCGGGUAUGGGAGUGGAUAUGGCGUGUUGGUGGUGUUUACGGGGUUGACGGCGUUUGUGAGUGGGCUGAGCUAUUUUGCGAGAUAUAUCAAAACUUCUGAGUCGGGUUAG